GUUGGAGGAGGACGAACAGACGGAGGGACAGACCAGAGACAUCUUUCUCUCUCGCUCUCUGUCCAAACACGUGGAGACAAUAGAGUUCUAACAGCGUGUAAUCCGUGUCCGAUCAUCAUCAUCAGCAGAAGAAGAAGACGAAGAAGAGAGGAGCGACAUAAACACGGAGCGCCUGUUCUCCUUACCGCCUCGGCGACGCAGGAAGGAGACACGCAGGAGAGGAAAGAUUCCCCUAAACGCAGUGAGAGCCUCGGAUGAGGAGAAGAGGAGAGCGGAGGGCAUCGGAUAGACAACGACAAGAAUGGCAGCACCGGACUUAUUGGACCCUAAAUCUGCCACUCACAACACUAAGCCCCGCCUCUCAUUCUCCACAAAGCCAAUCACAUUGACUCCCCGUGAGGAGAGUGAGGUUGUUGCCACAGUCAUGAAAUGGAAGACGGUGUCGGCCAUCUUUCUCUUGGUGGUUUUGUACCUGGUGAUGGGAGCAGCAGUCUUCAGGACUCUGGAGCAGCCUCACGAGAGUGCCCAGCGCUUGGCCAUCCUCUCCCAGAAGCUGGAGUUCCUGUCGAGACACACCUGUGUGAACCAGAGUCAGCUGGAGGAGCUGGUCAAGCAAGUUGUGUCUGCUGUCCGCUCAGGAGUGAACCCUGCAGGGACACUGACCAACCACAGCAGCCUGUGGGACCUGAACUCUGCCUUUUUCUUUGCAGGGACUGUCAUCACAACCAUCGGUUUCGGGAACAUCUCUCCUCACACAGAGGGAGGAAGAAUAUUCUGUAUCAUCUACGCACUGCUCGGAAUCCCUCUGUUCGGCUUCCUUCUGGCUGGUGUCGGGGAUCAGCUCGGCACCAUAUUUGGCAAAGGAAUCGCCCGAGUGGAGAAAAUGUUUGUGCACUGGAACAUCAGUCAGACGAAGAUCCGCGUCAUCUCCACUCUGCUCUUCGUCUUGUUUGGCUGUUUGCUGUUCGUAGCUCUCCCAGCAGCCAUAUUUAAGUACAUUGAGGGUUGGUCUGCACUGGAGUCACUUUACUUUGUGGUCAUCACCCUGACGACCAUCGGGUUUGGAGACUUUGUAGCAGGUGGGUCAGAGAUCGAGUACCUGGAUUACUAUAAACCAAUCGUAUGGUUCUGGAUCCUGGUGGGACUGGCCUACUUCGCUGCCAUCCUCAGCAUGAUCGGAGACUGGCUGAGAGUCAUUUCCAAGAGGACCAAAGAAGAGGUGGGUGAGAUCCGUGCUCACGCUGCAGAGUGGACAGCUAACGUCUCGGCAGAGUUCAAGGAGACUCGUCGCCGCGUUAGCGUCGAGAUCUACGAUAAGUUCCAGCGGGCGACGUCAAUUAAGCGCAAGCUGUCCACGGACCUUGGAUUUAGCCCCACCCCUGAAUUCACUCUAUCAAAGAGGGCGGUGUCAGUCAAUUUCAAUGAUGAACGGGACAGGAAGGAGAAGGAGGCCGGCCUACAGGGCUUGACCACACCUCUGGCCAAAAAUGGGAGUUUGCUUAUAAACGGUUUGGACCCAGAGAGAGGUGAUUUUACAAUCAUUGAACACCUCAAGUAGAAACAUGGUGGACAAACACCUUCCUGGAUUCUUAUGAGAUCAUGGAUGGUGUCAGUGCUGAGAAGAGAGAUACUCAACCAAAUGAACAGUUUAUAUUUAGUAAUACUGAUGAUGCGGCACUUGGUGAGGUUUGAAGUGGACAAAGUGCAAAUCUUUUUUAACGUACAACAAGCACAGAUUGGAUCUGUGAGGAAAUUUGUUAAACCACUGUUGUGCCUUAAACUUUUUACUUUGCCUACAAAACCAAGCACAACACACUAGAUUUAGAAGUGGUUAUUAGCAGUGGUGCACUCAUGUAUCUAUGUGCUUAAAAUAAAUACUUAAGGACCAGGAUUAAGAAAGACUACCUUAAUCUAACCCUAACCUAAAAACAAUUCUAACCCUAGCCUUAAAACCAGGUCUU